AUGUCAGUUAAAACUCUGCCCCUGGUUUUCAUUAAUCUUGGUGGAGAGAUGCUUUACAUACUGGACCAGCGCCUGCGAGCCACCAGCACGUCUGAGGACAAUUCCGAGAAAGGAGUGUGGUCAGAGAAUGAUAGAAAAAGAGUUAUGAAUGACAUCGUUGGGACCUUGUUUAGUAAAACCUUUAUGGAUGAACUACUCAAACCUCAGCAGCUGUAUUCCCACAGAACACUGAAAACAGUGCUAACUCGGCUAGCGCACGCCUCCAUCAUGAGGCUGAACCCUGCCAGUAUGGACAGGCUUUAUGAGCUAACAAUCAUGGCAUUCAAAUAUCAAGUCUUCCGCUGUCCACGACCAAAAGACCUGCUGCUCAUCUCGUACAGUCACAUAGAUACCAUCAGGGAAUUGGUGAAAGACACAUCUGUGGUUGUCAAUCAAGUGGACGAGACACAUAGGAAGAUCAUUGAGGUAUACUCAUCUUUAUCCGAAGGCGAAUUCCAGCUCCUCAGACAAACACUGCUUAUAUUUUUUCAAGACAUGCAUGUUCGCGUGUCACUUUUCCUCAAAAAUCAAAUCCAGAACCCUGACGGACGUUUUGCCCUGCCAACUUCAGGCCCAGUGCCUCAUGGGAUAGUUGUUCCGGGGCUGAUUAGGGUUUUUGACAGUAAGGGCAGAGAAGUGAGACGGAGCGAGUUCCCCGCCGGAGGAAGUUACAGCAGCCCAGUCAGGGAGGGAUCUUUUGAACUGCAUGGGGAUAGAGUCAUCAGCCUGGGCAUGAAUAUGUACACUGUGAACCAUCCAGAGGAGACACACACAUCCAAGGCACUUAAAAUCUUGUCUGUCAUGCUGCAGGGAGAUGGCACUCCCAACCCGCUGGCAAAGGAGGAGCUGAACCUGUUGGCUUGUCUGAUUGGCAGCCUGAAGGCUGAGAACAUGCCCAGAGCUGAAUAUGGCUUUCGGAUCAACCUGUUUACCACAGACCAAGAGGAGGAGGAAGAGGCAGAUGGAACUUCAGAUGGAGCUGAAGAGUCUAUGUUUGGAGUGAUAAAUAUUCAGGCAAUGCAGGAUGAACAGUCUGCAGCUGAACUGGCUCGAAUCACUGGACAGUUUGCAGAAGAAGAAGAACAGCAUGAAAACCCCAGUGGCAACAAAGGAGACGACCUGUUGGCCAUGAUGGAUGACCUCUGA